AUGGCUUUUGAAUUACAUCCUUCACUACCUCGGCGGUUCCUCAAUCCUCCUAAAUCACCUCAAAUCCAUGCUUUAUUUGCUGAAAGCCACUUCAAGAGUCCUGAAACUGAUUACUCUGCAAUCAUAGAUAUUUCCUUCGAUACCAUCGAUUUUCUGCCAAAAUUAUAUGAACCAAAUUUGGAGUCUGAGAGUCUUUCUUCUCCAAAAUUUGACAAUCGGAAACCAUUUCAACGUUCACUUUCGGGAUCUAAAUUUUGGGAUUCAAGUUUGAACCUGGUUCCAGAUUUAGAAGUUCACAGAACAAGAUCUUGGAAUCUUAUCACCAAAUUGAGAACUUAUCUUGGACUUAAAACUUUUGUUCCUACUACAAGUCCUUUAUCUUCAGCUAGUUCGUCAUUAUCCUAUUUGUGUGAGUCGAAUCAUUCCUUUCUGCCAGUCUCUCUUCGAGUACCUAUUUCUAGUGAAAGCUCAGAUAAAAAUGAUUUAGAGAAUGCCAAUGAAAUAUUACAACCCAAAAAGAAGGCUACAAAGUUUUCAGAUGAUACAGUCAAGUUUGAUUCAUAUGCUCAUUUGCUUAUGUAUAAUAGCAGGUCCAGAAUUGCACCUCCUAGUUCAGUGAUUAUACCAGUGUUUGCUUCAAGUAGUAUUAGAGCAAGUGCUUCAUAUGCUGUGGAAAACCAAAGUACACGGAGUACACCCAUUCAAGCAGUUAAAAGAACUCUCUCUAGAACAUUCUCUAGAGAACCAUUAAGACAAUUGAGUCAAUCAAAUGCUGUAUCAUUGAACAAAUCCAUUUUAAAGAGUAAAAUCAACUCCAAUUUUGAAAAAGAGAAGGAGUUGAGUCUGAAAGUAGACAAGAUGAGUUUGGAGGAAUUUCUCUUUCUGUUUGAGGUUGAUCACCAACAAGCGCAAUUACAGAUGCAACAACAGUUGCAACCAAAAAGCCAAGACAUAAUAAAUAAUUUUAUAACCACUACUUAUUAA